AUGCAUGCUGUGCCCGGGGCAGGCCUGGCGGGAGCGCAGGAGCGCGGAGCCCGCCUGCCUUACAGCCAGCCGGAGGACAUGAGCCCCGCGCCGCGGGCGCCCGCGUGCCGGCCAGACCCACGCCCCGCGCGCCCCCAUCCGGCACCGGGGGAGAGGCCCUUCUCUCCGCCAAAUGUCUACACAGUAUACACAGACAUCGUCGCUGCCACCCUGACUGGUUUCCUGUCCGCAGCAUUGCGAAACAGGAAGAGGAGCGCUCCUGGCAGGGCCCGGGCUCUUGACUCGGUGCCCCGUCAUGCCCGGCUCUGCCCUGCUGCCUCUUCCCGGCCGCAGCCCCGUGACUCAGUCCCGUCCGUCCUGCUCCAGAUCCCCAGUCCGGCCUCCCGCCCCGUGGGCGGCGGCCACCUGCCCAUCACUUCCGGACCGGACCAGUCGCUGGGACAUCAAGCCCGGGCCUGGCUCAGGCGGGUGCUCGUCCCGCAGAGCUCGGGCCUACGUCUGCACUACGUCUCCACGGGCCGUGGCAAUGGACCCCUUAUGCUGUUUCUUCACGGCUUCCCGAAGAACUGGUUCUUCUGGCGCUACCAGCUCAGGGAGUUCCAGAGCCAUUUCCACACCGUGGCGGUGAACCUGCGUGGCUACGGCCCCUCGGACGCGCCCAGGGAUGUGGACUGUUACACUACAGAGCUGCUCAUGGCUGACAUCCAAGAUGUCAUCCUGGGCUUGGGCUACUCCAAAUGUGUCCUCGUGGCCCACGACUUCGGCGCCACCCUCGCCUGGAACUUCUCUGUCUACUUCCCCUCCCUGGUUGACCGGAUGGUGAUCAUCAGUGGCCCCCCCAAGUUUGUGUUUCAAGACUAUGUCCUGCGCCACGUCGGCCAGUUGUUCCGAUCCAAGUACCUGUUCUUGUUCCAGCUUCCCUGGCUGCCAGAGAAACUGCUGUCCAUGUCUGACUUCCAGAUCCUGAAGUCCAUUUUCACCGACCGCAAGACGGGCAUUCCCUGCCUGACCCGCGAUGAGCUGGAGGCCAUGCUGUACGACCUGACGCAGCCCGGCGCCCUCACCGGCCCCAUCAACUACUAUCGGAACCUCUUCAGAGACUACCCUGUAGAACCCCAGGAACUGUCCACACCCACGCUGCUACUAUGGGGGGAGAAAGACCCUUACUUCCAGACAGGACUGGUGAAAGCCAUCAGCAGCCACUUUGUGCCAGGCCGGCUGGAGUCCCACAUCCUGCCAGGCUCAGGCCACUGGAUCCCACAGACGCACUACCAGCAGAUGCAUGAGUACAUGUGGGCCUUCCUGCAAGACCUGCUGGGCUAG